AUGAAACAGCUGGCUCGGAACUAUCUGUGGUGGAGCGGCUUGGACGCCGAUAUUGAGCGCGUGUGUCGCGAGUGCACCGCAUGCGCCGCGCUGCGCGCACAGCCGCCGCCCGCGCCGCUGCACUCGUGGGAGUGGCCGGUGGAGCCUUGGUCGCGGUUGAAUGUUGACUUUUUAGGUCCGUUUCGUAAUAAAUAUUAUUUAGUUAUUUUAGAUGCUCAUUCCAAAUGGUUGGAAGUGGAACCAGUGCCAAAUACUUCGGCAGCUACCGUUAUAUCUUGCCUGCGCAAAAUAUUUGCCCGGUUCGGUCUAUGCAAGGUCAUUGUGAGCGACAAUGGUCCACCAUUUUCUUCAUCCGAAUACUUACAUUAUUUGAAUAAGAAUGGAAUUAAGCGAAUAUUAGUCGCCCCAUAUCAUCCAUCGAGUAACGGUGCAGCUGAAAACGUUGUUAAAACUGUAAAGCUAGUAUUAAAGAAGGCUAUAAUCGAAAACGUGAAUUUAGAAAAAGCGUUAUGUACAUUUUUAUUUACAUAUAGAAAUACAGAACAUUGUACCACUCAAAAAGAACCCUCCGUAGCACUUUUGGGACACAGGUUACGCGGCAGGUUAGAUCUUUUACGACCGAAUACCAGAGAUGUCAUUCGCGAUAAACAAUCAAGUCAAGAAGAACGUCGCGGUGGCUCAUUGCGAGAAAUGAGCACUGGAGACCGGGUUCUGGUCCGGAACUAUAAUAAUAAUUUAGUAAAAUGGAAGGAAGGUGUAGUGUUGGAUAGAACCGGUCCCGUCUCCUAUGUUGUCAAAACAGACGAUGACAAUCGUACUAGUAGAAGACACGUUGAUCAAAUACUUGACAAAAAUUAUAAAAAAUCUAGGUAUACUUUAACAGGCAUGGUGGAUAAUGAAAACUCGGGAGAAAGAGAGAUGAAUGAUGAAGCGUUCAAAAGUUUCGAUAAUUCUGUUGUCGGUUCGUCUCCUGUAACAGAUACAGAAAAUCAGCUAGUAAAGGCACCUUCACCUUCUCAAGCGAUUCCCAAUACGAAUAGUCCUCUUCGUAUGGCAUUAAGACCGCGGGUCAAAAAGAUGAUGAAAUUGUAA